UGAUAACAAUAAACAACCCUGGAACAAGAGAAAGACACCAGCCAGCAGGACCUGCCGCUCCGUUUCGACACGAACCAGCCGAAAGUAUGGGCCGAGACGGCCACAGACGGCGGCACUAGCGAGCGGGGAAGUUUCGUCGCUCACACGGGGGGAAUAUAUUUGUCCGACUUUUUAUGUCCAGCCCGAGAGAAGUGGAGUUAGGGUUGGCCCCUUCCUUAGCCCCCAGCAGCUAACUAACUAGCCGUGGCUCAUUCCUGCCUGUAGCCCGCUCUGCCUUCGCCUGUUAUGCAGUGUACUGUCGCCGGACUCCUGGUUCUCUUCGCUCCCUCUCCCCGCUCUCGCUGGCCCCAUGUCUCGCUGGCUCUUCCCCUGGUCGGGCUCCAUCAAGAAGCGGGCCUGUCGGUACCUCCUGCAGCACUACCUCGGCCACUUCUUGCAGGAGCGCCUGAGCCUGGAGCAGCUGGGCUUGGACCUGUACAAUGGCAGCGGUGUCAUCAAGGACAUCAACCUGGAUGUGUGGGUGAGUCCUUCUUCUUGUCUGGGCCACCAUCACCUGGAUGUGUGGGCUGUCAAUGAGCUUCUGGAGUCUCUGGGGGCUCCACUGGAGAUCGUGGAGGGCUUUGUGAGCAGCAUCACAGUGACCAUCCCCUGGCAGGCUCUGCUGACUGAUCACUGCACUUUAGAAGUGUCGGGUCUCCAGAUAACAUGCAGGCCCAAGUACCGUACUGGCGGGGGCUGGGAUUCCCAAGGCUGGUCGACCAGCAUGACCUCCAGCAUGCAGCUGGCUCAGGAGUGCCUGAAAGACCCCCCGGAGGCAUCCGAGGAGCCGCCGGCCCCGCUGGAGGGGCUUGAGAUGUUUGCACAGACCAUUGAGACGGUCCUUCGUCGAAUAAAAGUCACCCUCCUGGACACGAUAGUCCGCAUCGAGCACCAACCCCCGGACCUGGAAACAGGCGUUGCCUUAGAGGUGCACAUCAAACGGCUAGAGUACUUUGAUGAGGCGGUGCGGGACCCGGCCAGCCAGACUACCGUGCCUGUGGACAUCCAUCAGCCGCCCGCCUUCCUGCACAAGAUCCUGCAUCUCAGCGCUGUCCGGCUUCUCUAUGACAGCAUAGGCGUGGCACAGGGAGUUCCUGAGCAGGAAAAAAAGGAGUCAGAUGCUGCCAGCGAAGACGAUGAGGAGGAAAGCGACAAUGAGGAUCAGCAGGAUCGUGACAAGGCGAAGCCCCUGGAGGUCCCAGUGUCUCAGCCGCUGCUCAUUGGAAGCUGCUCCGGUUUCAUCGAGACCACGGUGAAGAUCAAGCAAAAUGACAUGCUUCCCGGACCAAAGUUGGAGUUGGAUGGGAAGGUGGGCUGUGUCCACCUGUUGCUCUCUCCAGCUCAAAUAACCCACCUGACCGACCUGAUGGCAGCUCUUUGCAUAGAAACAGAGUCAGAGACCAAGUGCGGGGGGGUUCACAGCCGCCCGCUUGACUCGGAUGACCUGCGUAUGAUCGAAGAAGACCUCAGCAAGCAGCUUGGCUCCAGUCCCAGAGACAGGGAGUGGGACACUGAGUGCGACCUGGAGCCUUACAUCACCACUCUGGAGAAUGGAGAAAUGUUUUAUUCCAUGGGUCCUGCCGGAAUGAGCAGCAGUGUGACAUCUGUGCGCUCUGGUAGCGAGCUGUCUGAUAGUGAUAUGGAUUCUUCUACACACUCUCUGGCCAGUCUCACUCAGCCACCAACGCUUGCCACACAGGGCUAUAUAAACUGUCCCAGGCGUUACCCAGUAGCCGGCUGUCUCGCCAGUCUACCGCAGGCCAGCCAUCGAAUCAGAGGACGUUCCCGAAGCGGCCCCGUGGAGCAGCUAAAGCCCGACGCUUUACUGCGUCUGACUCUAGGCGGCCUCACCCUAACCAUGCUGCAGGAGGACCCGCCUCCCAAGCCGGACGGAGCCUCCUCAUUGGCUCAGGUGUCUCAGGUGUUCUUCAGAGAGCUGGCUUUCUUUAAGGACAGCAUGUUUAGCGAGAGGGACUUCCACAACCUCCGAGGCGGGUUCGCCAAGGCCUGCCCACACUCCCACCUCAGAGUGACGGGGGCAGCGGUGCAGGUCUUCUGUGAGAUGCGGAGCGGGAUACGCAACAGUCGGGCUGUGACCUCCGACCUGUCAUUCAGCAGACUAGAAAUGUUGGAGUGCCUCUGGGAAAACGGGAAGCUUGAGUACAGUGAGUUGCUCCAGUUCCAGAAAGCAAGUAUGUUUACAGUUGGAGUGGCAGCCAAACCUUGUGCCCAGCUCCACUACAGCCUCACUGAGAAGCACCCGAGGAAGGGUAAACAGCGAGUGGUGAGGCGUGAUAGUGUACUGCGAGUGGAGCUAGAAGAUGUCAGUGCCGAGCUGGACCUGGACAUUCUCAGUCGGAUGGGCAACCUGAGCAAGGCCUUCAGCUACGUUCCCGCAGAGAACGUCGGACCCGACAACCUACAGGCGCAGAGCAGCGAGCUGUGCUCCUCCUUCUCCCUCCUUGCCCCGCACGCCAUCCUAAGGCUUCGUUUUCCCAUACCGGACCUGCGGCCGCUCUCCGAGCGCCAACCUCUGAGCCAGAGGGCGGUGAGGGAGGAGACGCUGGUGUUGGAGCUGAGCGAUCUGGUGCUCAAGCAUCAAGAAGCGCCAGAUCUCCAAAGUGAGCAGCCUUGCCAGGGUCAGCUGUCGGCGCCCUGCCUCACCCAGCUGCUGGAAGCCUCCUUCAGCGACCUGCAUGGUUCAUACGAGGGUUGGGACGGAGGCUCCUUCCCUUGCAUCAGAGUGAAGAAAAGCCAUGACUCCCUGCCCAGGAUAUCAGUGCGAGUGCGAGGAGGUGAGAUGCAGGGCCAAGGCGUGGGUCUAGCUGGCUUGAACCUUGGCCUUGUCAGAGACCUGGGGGCCGCCUUCUUCGAAAGCCAUUGUGAGCUCAACGACAAAACCAGCUCUCCGUUCUCCUCCAACCGCACCAUGUUUGAGACUGAAGAGAUGGUGAUCCCGGCCGACCCGGAGGAGAUGGGUCAGUUCCAGUCCCAGUGCGUGGCUCAGUGUCAGUGCGUCGUGGACGUUAGGCUUCCUCUGGCCUGCGUCUUUCUGCCCAGCAAGCAGGCUUUCCAAAGCAUCUACAACAGGAUCAAUAAUGACCUGCUGAUGUGGGAACCGCCUCCCCCUCCGCCCACUUCAGCUCAGAGCUCUGUGCACGGUCGCCAACAUCACGACGAGUUUCAACUCUGCAAGUCGGCCUUCCGACUGGACUCGGACUCAGAGGAGGAAGAAUCUCAGUUCUACCUGGCCAAUGAACCUUCAGGAAGGACAAAGUCAACGCUCCAGAUGAACCACAACCUCAGCCUCCUCUCCCUGACCGUGGUCAUCGGCAGAGGUCGCCUUCAAGCCAGGACAGACAUGAAGGACGACCAGAGUCAUGGAGAAAUUGUGCUUGACCUGGAAGGGGGGAAGAUAUUCAGUGUAGCACAGCACCAGAAUGACCCUAAUCUCAGUUUCCUGUGUCUGGAAAGUCGGCGGGUGGAGCUCUAUCAUCGAGCUGUAGUGAAAGACGCCCCUAUUCCGCAACGGAUAGAGAUGCCCAACUUCACUACCCCCAGCUACUUGGACCCUACCAUAUACCCUACUGAGGUGGGAGUCAGCAGUGUGAGCGGCAGGGAGGCGGAGCCGCAGAUGUUGUCCACAGCCAUCAAAAUCACACUGGACCCACAGAGGAAUGUGAAGGAGUUCUUGGUCGCCCUUCGACUUCAGGGUGCCACCAUGAGGCAUUAUGUAUCGCAGACCAAUCACAGCUGGCACGAGCAGCUUGUUGACUUCCUAGACGUCAUCGAUGAGCCUAUUCUGGGAUACACAGCACCCGCUGUCAUCACUGUCCUGCACACACACCUGGCUACCUGUGCUGUCGACUACAGGCCGUUGUAUCUACCGCUGCGAAUGUUGCUGACGGCAGAGUCCUUCUCUCUGUCCAGUAACAUCAUUGUAGACACGGCCACUUUCCACCUCAGAUUCAUCCUGGAUGACUCCGCCCUCUACCUCUCUGACAAAUGUGAUAGUGACGUAGUGGACCUGAGGAGGGACUAUGUUUGUGUCCUGGACAUUGACCUCCUGGAGCUCGCCAUCACCACAUGGAAAGGCAGCGACACAGGCAAGCUGGCUCAGCCCCUAUUUGAGCUCCGCUGCUCCAACAACAUUGUUCACCUCCACACCUGUGCAGAUUCAUGCGCCGCCCUGGUCAAUAUGCUGCAGUACCUUGUCUCUCAGGGUGACCUGCAUCCCCCGCCCCGACACACUUUGCCCACAGAAAUUGCUGGACAGAAGCUGCCGCUGUCCGAGAGCCCUGCGACCGUGCUGCCCUGCCCUGCUGCUGAAACGACGGAGAUCAACCAGUGUGAUCUGACCGAUGCCUUAAUAGACACGGAGAAGAGCCACCAGGAAGAGAGGAUGGAUCCAGGCUCGCCCUCAAUGCCAAGAGGCUCACCCGUCUCCGUGUACCUGUUCCCCGGUGAAGCCUCCAAGCGAGACCUCUCCGUGCUGGAAGAGGAGGAAGACUCUGAGUUGAAUGGGCUGGUCGCCACGGCAACGGAAGCACAAGCAGAUAUGAUGAUGGAGGAGGGCUCUGAAGGCUCCACUGACAAUGACGACUUCUGUAUCCUUGAGGCUCCCGGCAUGGGUAUACCUCCCAGAGACGGAGAGCCUGUGGUGAGCGUUCUGUCUGAGGGUCCCAUCCACUUGAAGGACAGUCACUUCUCCAGGCCGCGGGGAAGCUCUGACCUGCUUCGAGCUCCCAGCCGCUUCCCGGUGCCCCAAAGCAGAGUGGUGCUACGGGAGAUCUCCGUGGUGUGGCAUCUGUAUGGCGGGAAGGACUUUGGCGCCAAGCCCUCCUUGAUACACGGCCAACAUGCAAAUAGGGGUAGAUCCGUCCCAUCUGGUGCCCGAGGAUCCCCGUCCCGCUCUGUCGGUUCCGCUCGUCCACAGAACUCCUGGAGGUGGGCUGGAGGUAGCGGCCGUCAGCACAGCCUCCUCAUGGAGAUCCAACUCACCAAGGUGUCCUUCCAGCAUGAAUCCUACCAGGUGGCGGUGGCGGGACAAGACGCGUCUCUGUCCGUGGGUGUGGGCCCGGGCGGGGAGCAGCCUCUCUCCAGGCAGGUGUUCAUUGUCCAGGAGCUCGAGAUCCGCGACCGCCUGGCCUCCUCGCAAAUCAAUAAGUUCUUAUACCUCUACACGAGCGAGAGCAUGCCCCGGCGAUCCCACUCAAACAUGUUGACCAUAAAGGCCCUGCAGGUGUGUCCUGAGUCUGGUCUUGGUGGUCCUGAAUGUUGUCUCCGGGUCAGCCUGCUGCCACUCAGACUUAACGUCGAUCAGGAUGCGCUAUUCUUCUUGAAGGACUUUUUCAGCAACCUAGCCUACUCUGUUCAUCCCUACCUGCCUCUGGACCCUGCAGCUGAAGUGAAAGCAGACUUCUCCCAGAAGGCUUCAGAAGAGACCGAGUCAGCUGGCGGUCUCGGCCUCGACCUCAUGGCGUCAGUAGAAACCACUCACAGUGAGCAGAGCUCGUCCUCAGCUGGCUCCGCCUCCUCUUCCGAGCAGCCAAUCUACUUCCGCGAGUUUCGGUUCAUCUCUGAAGUGCCUAUCUGGCUGGACUACCAAGGCAAACACGUGGUCAUUGAUCAGGGAACUUUUGCAGGGAUUCUGAUUGGCCUGGCCCAGUUGAAUUGUUCUGAGCUGAAGCUGAAGAGUCUGUGCUGUCGACACGGCCUGCUCGGUGUUGACAAAGUGAUCCAAUACGCCGUCACCGAGUGGCUGACUGACAUCAGGAAGAAUCAGCUGCCGGGCAUCCUGGGAGGGGUUGGCCCCAUGCACUCCGUGGUCCAGCUCUUCCACGGGGUGAGGGAUCUUUUCUGGUUGCCCAUCGAGCAGUACAGGAAAGAUGGGCGCAUUAUCCGAGGCCUCCAGCGGGGGGCGGCAUCCUUUGGCACCUCAACAGCAUCAGCGGCACUGGAGCUUAGUAACAGGCUGGUGCAGGCAAUUCAGGCCACAGCCGAGACGGUAUACGACAUCCUGUCUCCGACACCCCCGCUUCAUCGUUUUGCCAUCACCGAGGGCCGGGCCCCUUCCAGUCGGCCCCGAAGAGCCGCCCAGCCCGCCGACCUUCGAGAGGGUGUGGCCAAGGCAUACGACACCGUCAGAGAGGGAGUGAUUGACACAGCUCAGACCCUCUGCGACGUGGCGUCCCGCGGCCACGAGCAGAAGGGUCUCCCCGGCGCCGUGGGCGGCGUCCUGCGGCAGAUCCCGCCCACCGUGGUCCGGCCCUUGAUCGUGGCCUCGGAAGCCACCUCCAAUCUGCUCGGCGGCAUGCGCAACCAGAUCAAACCGGACGCACGGAAGGAGGACUUCCUCAAGUGGCGAACGGAGGACUGCCAAGAAUGAGGACUUUUUAUGUGAGCGUGUGCCAGAAUGCAAGGUUCAAAUGUGUUGUUUUUUUCAACUUUAGCAAACAAUGACUAACACCUACUGCAUUUACUGAUGGCCAGUGUUAUGUAUGUAGGUUCUUGAUUCAUGUAUGCAGCAGCAGAAACUCUGUGAGUUUCCCCCCCUCAGUAUUACGCAGAUUUUUCUCACUGUUGGUUUAGCAUGCAAACAUAUCUCCGUCAUGAUUGCCUGGCCAUUUUUUAUUUUUUAUUUUUUUUUACAAGCCAUUUUGUUUUCUUCUUCAGUGGCAUUUCAGGCACACCAUCACCCAGUUUCAAGGUGCACAGGGAAGUGGACUUUUUAAUCAAAAGUGAAGAAAACAUGAGAUUCCCUGUCACUCGUCACUUCCGUCUUGUUUUGUUUGGAGUUCAUGUGUGCCAUACGGCGAGCACAGUGCUUUUUUACAAACCCCGUUUCCAUAUGAGUUGGGAAAUUGUGUUAGAUGUAAAUAUAAACGGAAUACAAUGAUUUGCAAAUCCUUUUCAACCCAUAUUCAAUCGAAUGCACUACAAAGACAAGAUAUUUGAUGUACAGCUUAAGUUGUUCAACAGUCCGGGGGUCUCCAUUGUGCUAUUUUAGGCUUCAUAAUGCGCCACACAUUUUCAAUGGGAGACAGGUCUGGACUACAGGCAGGCCAGUCUAGUACCCGCACUCUUUUACUAUGAAGCCACGUUGAUGUAACACGUGGCUUGGCAUUGUCUUGCUGAAAUAAGCAGGGGCGUCCAUGGUAACGUUGCUUGGAUGGCAACAUAUGUUGCUCCAAAACCUGUAUGUACCUUUCAGCAUUAAUGGCGCCUUCACAGAUGUGUAAGUUACCCAUGUCUUGGGCACUAAUACACCCCCAUACCAUCACACAUGCUGGCUUUUACACUUUGCGCCUAUAACAAUCCGGAUGGUUCUUUUCCUCUUUGGGCCGGAGGACACGACGUCCACAGUUUCCAAAAACAAUUUGAAAUGUGGACUUGUCAGACCACAGAACACUUUUCCACUUUGCAUCAGUCCAUCUUAGAUGAGCUCAGGCCCAGCGAAGCCGACGGCGUUUCUGGGUGUUGUUGAUAAACGGUUUUCGCCUUGCAUAGGAGAGUUUCAACUUGCACUUACAGAUGUAGCGACCAACUGUAGUUACUGACAGUGGGUUUCUGAAGUGUUCCUGAGCCCAUGUGGUGAUAUCCUUUACACACUGAUGUCGCUUGUUGAUGCAGUACAGCCUGAGGGAUGGAAGGUCACGGGCUUAGCUGCUUACGUGCAGUGAUUUCUCCAGAUUCUCUGAACCCUUUGAUGAUAUUACGGAGCGUAGAUGGUGAAAUCCCUAAAUUCCUUGCAAUAGCUGGUUGAGAAAGGUUUUUCUUAAACUGUUCAACAAUUUGCUCAGGCAUUUGUUGACAAAGUGGUGACCCUCGCCCCAUCCUUGUUUGUGAAUGACUGAGCAUUUCAUGGAAUCUACUUUUAUACCCAAUCAUGGCACCCACCUGUUCCCAAUUUGCCUGCUCACCUGUGGGAUGUUCCAAAUAAGUGUUUGAUGAGCAUUCCUCAACUUUAUCAGUAUUUAUUGCCACCUUUCCCAACUUCUUUGUCACAUGUUGCUGGCAUCAAAUUCUAAAGUUAAUGAUUAUUUGCACACAAAAAAAAGUUUAUCAGUUUGAACAUCAAAUAUGUUGUCUUUGUAGCAUAUUCAACUGAAUAUGGGUUGAAAAUGAUUUGCAAAUCAUUGUAUUCCGUUUAUAUUUACAUCUAACACAAUUUCCCAACUCAUAUGGAAACGGGGUUUGUACUUUUGUUUUGACCGUAGUAGCGUUUGUUGCCUUUCUUCUUAAUUCUGCAGUCAUCUCUAAUUUGCUUGACUGAAUAGAGACACUUCAAGACUCUUAAUCGUGUUCAUAAAAUCAUGCCAGACUUAAAUUGUCUCUCCCCUGCACAUCUGUGAUUUCUGCAAAUGUUCCUAGUCUGUCAUCUAUUAAGGGUUAAGAACUCUUCUUUAUCGCCCCUUUCUUUACUUGCCUUCCUGCAUUUGUAUUCACUUUUAUUGACUUUUUUUAAAUUGACAUUGUACGUUUAUAUUUGUUUUCAAGCUAAGAGUUGGUGGGAUGUGAAUGUAGUGACCAUCGGAGGGUGAGGUGGUUAUACAAAAAAAAAAAAAAAAGGUUUUACAUUUUUAUCUCCACUUUGUUUAAUAAAUGUGAGGUUAUCUGUGUGUUAGAGAGAAGGUGUGCGCGCCUGAUGCAUGUCUGUGAGGGUGAAAGGUCGAUGCCUGUAAUUAGUAUUUACGAUAUCAUGAAACGUGUGAAUGACCUGUAUAUUACAAAACAAUGAAUAUAUGAAAAUUAAA